CAAACUCAUUUUUUUGAUAAUGUCAUUAUUGAAACACGUGUUUUUGAACCUCCAGCUUGCUUGUGGCACAUAUGGUGACGCGGUGUUCCUGAUGGUCUUUGAUGAUGAUCACGUUGGUCACGGUGGCUGUGAUUAUGAGUGACGGACACACUGGAGAGCACCCAGCCCUUAAUCACUUCCGAGAUGGAGCGGUGAUGGAGAGCUCACACACACACAAAAAAGCGGGGAAAUUAGAGUUGGGGUGGGCGUUUGAGGGGGAGAGAUUUUGAGGAGUCACGGUAAUCUUGAGGAGAGGAGAGAGUGAGAGGAGAGGAGAGACAGGGAGGCAGCUCAUAACAGCGUUGGUCCUCCUUGGACUCAGUUUUGAGACGGGCAGCAUCAGCGACCGAGCGCAAACUUGAAGCGACCACAUCCAGAUCCAACACUUGCAGGGUGAAGCUGGAGCCUAUCCCAGAUGUCUUUGGCAGGAGCUGAGGUGCGCUCCAGACAGGGUGUUCAACUCUCCGUGGAAAACUGAAUGAGACGCUUCACAAGAGGAGUACAAAUAAAGGAGAGCUAAGCGAGACUUUCUUAGAGAGAGGACGAUAUUAGAUGGUGUUGGUGGGGAAAAAAAAGAGUGAUUGGCACCUCUCCUCCAACUUGGUGUGAAGGGCAGAAGAUGGGAGAGUGAGAGGAGGCGCACGAGGAAGGCUGAAAACACAGGGGAGAAUGAAGACAACCAGAAAACAAGGCCUGCCUACUUUCAAAUACUCUUCAAAUUAGGACGUCUAGCCACCAGACAACAUGAUUGCAAGAAAUCGGCUUUUGUUGGUGUUCCUGUGCGUGUGGGAUGUGCUUCUUCGUGAUGCGUCAGCCAGUAAGACGGUACGCAGGAAAGGAGUGGGCGGACUCCACAAGCUAGGAGACAGCCGAUCCGCCGACCAAUGGGAUCCAAGCAUGGAUGUGAAUGCGAUGCCCAUGGUGACUCUCCGAAACACAAUUAGUCACGAGCAGAUGGGUGACGCUGGAACUGUUCCCUACUCCAGAAAUCUGCAGAAUCAUCCCGCGUCAGCGGACAACAAGGGCAGGCAAUCGUUCAAGCCCAAACGGGAGGUUGACUCCGUCACCAAAGACGUGACUGCAUUUGUUUUAGCCAGUAACAGGCGCUUGAAUUGGGAUUUGAAGAAAGUUAAAAACAACACUAAGGAGUGUUGCAAGGAAGGACGGUCGGACAAACUUUUCAUGGUCCAUCACAAGUCAGACCAACACUCCAAUAAAACUAAAGUCAGAUCAGGAACGAGAUCCAGAGGCAGAUCUGACUUAAACGCCCGUUCUACAGGGACGCCCGGCAAGGUACUCAGCAUGGACUCCAAUCGAAAGCUGAACCUCACAGGUAGCUAUGGAGUUCUCAAGCUUCUCUCUAAGGAGAACCUGGUUCGAAUUGUCAAUUCCCAAAUGUCUGUUCCCGGCCUCGGCUUUCCAAGCAAGGGCAGCCGGAGCAGAAAGAGGGAUUUAAUUGACGUUAAUCACGGUCACUUAGAGGCUCAGAAAAUGCAGAGACAAGACAUAGCUGUCACUCAGCUUCAGGCCGGGGCUGAUAAUCAGACUGCAUUUCCUAAUGCGAGCCCUGUCACCAGUCCAGAUCCUAAUCGAGACCCAGUGGUCGAUACUCAUAUUAAUCCCCUAAAAGAAGUCAAGCCAGCUUUGAGUAAAGGGCAAGACGACUUGGGCGCUCAGGCUUCAAACAGUGGUGAUAACAAGAGUAAACAUCUUGUCCAUUUCCUGUCAACGCCUCAGAGCGAGGUGAACCUAAGCCCUGAGAAAGAAACCGCGAUCAGCCAAACGGAGCAACCGUUUCCAUCGACAAAACGUCUUUCAGUGCGUGUCCCUUCAGCAAUAAACGAUUCUCCUCCUCCUGUGCUGACAAUGCAAACUCUGGGAGUGAAACUCGGGGACAGAGCAGCAGAUUCCCAUAGAGACCCAUUAACAGAGUCAGCUCGCGCUGCCCAAACAGAAUUCAGCACGGCCCAGUACCCGACAGAUGAAGACAACAAACUUGUCAACAGCAGUCAUGUCCUGAGGCUCCAGCCUGCCCCUGAAUGGAGUCACGGUGCAAAAGACUCCGAGAUCCAAACUGUUGAUCCAGAAAAUGAAAACAGCCUUGUGUUUGAGGAGGCAGAGCCUGAAGAGGAGACACGCAGCCGUACGGAAGGGAAGGGCCCGCGCUCCCGCAGCAGGAGGAGCUGGAUCUGGAACCAGUUCUUUGUGAUUGAGGAGUACGCCGGGCCGGAACCAGUGCUCAUUGGACGGCUCCACACUGACAUGGACAGGAAAGACGGACGAACUAAGUACAUCCUGCGAGGCGAGGGGGCCGGCUCCGUCUUUGUGAUCGACGAGAAAACGGGUAACAUCCAUGUUACCAAGCCACUGGACCGCGAAGAGAAGGACGAGUACCGCCUCAUCGCUACAGCCAUCGACAGGCAGACCGACCGACCUCUGGAGCCGUCAUCACAGUUCUUGAUCCGGGUGCAGGACAUCAACGACAACCCCCCGGUCUUUGACGAGGGCCCCUACAGCGCCACCGUGCCGGAGAUGGCAAAUAUUGGCACGUCUAUAAUCCAGGUGACAGCAACAGAUGCUGAUGACCCGACAUACGGGAACAGUGCCAAGCUAGUGUACACACUGGUGCAGGGCCAGCCGUACUUCUCUGUUGAUCCCCAGACAGGUAUUUUACGCACAGCUGUGCCUGACAUGGACAGGGAGACCCAGGACCAGUACCUCGUGGUUCUUCAGGCCAAAGACAUGGGGGGCCAGCUGGGAGGAUUAUCUGGAACCACUACGGUUACCGUUCAGCUCACGGACGUCAAUGACAACCCUCCCCGCUUUACCCAAAGUACCUGGUCGUUCUCCGUCUCCGAGCUGGCCAUACCAGGGGCCGAGAUCGGACGCAUCUCCGCCAGUGAUGCCGACCUCUUUGAGAAUGCCAGGAUGGAAUACGCCAUCUUGGAGGGAGAGUCUGGGGAUACUUUUAACAUCACCGGACUCAACCAUGAGGCAGUCAUCAUCCUCAACAAGGGGGUGGACUACGAGAGCCGCAGCUCCUACUCCUUCUCCGUGGAGGUGCUGAACCCAAUCGUGGACCCUCGCUUCCUGCGCAGGGGCCCGUUUAAGGACCGUGCGUCCAUCCAGGUGGCGGUGCUGGACGCCGACGAGCCACCAAGGUUCUCCCACACCCGAUAUCACAUGGAUGUAUCUGAGAAUUGCCCGCCGGCCUGCACGGUGGGUCGAGUCAGUGCCGAAGACCCUGACACUGGACUGACCAAUAACAUCAGGUUUUCCAUUGAUUCCCAGUCCGACCCGGAGGCUCUGUUUCGCAUCACUCCAGAUACCGGCCUCAUCACCACAGCUACGGAGCUUGACCGGGAGCGCGAGCACUGGCACAAUAUCACAGUCGUCGCCACGGAACGAGAUAAUCCCAGCCAGGUGUCCAGAGUUCUGGUUGCAAUAGAGACGUUGGACCUGAAUGACAACGCACCUGAGCUGGACCGCCAGUACACCACGGCCUUGUGUGACUCCUCCUCCAUUGGACAGGUGGUGCAGGUGCUGCGGGCCAUCGAUAGAGAUGAAGGAGGGAACGACAGCGCCGUGUAUUUCAGCAUCCCACCAGAUUCUGCAGCUGCUCUCAACUUCAGCGUCAGGGACAGUGGUGGCCCCACGGCCAGCCUGGUGUUGCUGUCUCAGCUCCAGCCUCUGUCCCGCUCCCAAUCAUCCACCUUGACUCUCUACGUCCCGCUCGUCCUGAGGGAUGGGACGUCGGGCCUAACCAGCACGGGGACCGUCACCGUGUCCAUCUGCCCCUGCCUGAGAGGCGGAGCGAGAGCCGGCGAGAAGGAGAAACAGACGGAGGGGGAGUGGGAUUGGGAAAGGGAAGCGGUGUGCCUCCCCCAGCAGUCGUCACUGCCCUCCCCCGGCCUCAGCACUGCUGCUCUGCUUGCUAUCCUGGCUUGUGUUGCUACACUACUGGCGGUGAGCGCCCUGUCACUGUCGCUGCGACGUCAGAAGCGCGACUCCCUGUCGCCGCUGGAGGAGGACGACGUGCGCGAGAACAUCAUAACCUACGACGACGAGGGAGGAGGGGAGGCUGACACGGCCGCUUUUGACAUUGCCGCGCUCCAGAACGCUCCCCACAGCUCCCGCUCCCGUGGCUAUCGCACGCUCGACAGCAGGAAUAUUCGAUACAACCAGCAUGCUCAAGACAAAAGCCGCAAUUACAGCUGGGCUCAGAAUGCCGGUCUGGAUCACAACUUCUCAGGAACAGGAGGCCCUCUUUAUGGUCGCCUCUGCUACAGCAGCCAAACGUUACCCGUCCUCCGCCGCACGCCGGGAGGAACCUUCGACCAGGGGCUGGCCGAGCUGGCUUAUCGCUUUCCUGGAGGUCAGCCGGACCACUCCCUGGUCAUCCAGAACCAGGGGGCCAUGGUCGGGCCCAUGGAGUCGGGGGCCGUGUACAUAGCUCCCACGGACCUCAGCACAGGAAGUCAAACGGGGAGUCGAGCAGGAAGCAGAGACGGGGUGAGCACAUCGGAUGGAGGCACGCCGAGGACCGGCGACUAUCAGGAGAAAGGAGGAACGGGACCAGCCAGUAACUGUACAGAGGGGAGCAGUGAGGACAAAUGUACCAACGGUCAAGACAUGGACUGGGUGCAGUCGGAGGUGCUACCCAGGGAACACAACCUCGUCAUGACUCGAUCUGGCUCUUUGAUUGGCCAGGGUCAUGGCGUGGGGGCCUGGGUGUGUGACUCAGCCACUCUGCCGCUGGCGGGACGCAGGGCCUCCCGCUCUGGCCUGUCUCCUAAACGCUCGAUGUCCGGUUUGCCCGAUCCUGAAUCCAUCGAAGGUGGAGGAGGCGGGAGGGCCGGCGGAGGCGGAAACGGGAGGAGCUCCAAGGAUGGACAACAGCAACCUCUAAGUGGACGCAACUAUGCCACUGUUCUUCAAGAGGAGAAGUCUGGACCACGGGAGUACCCUGGCACCUUGGGCAGAGGAGGACUGGAGAUGGGGAGCAGCUUUGCAGUGACGAGGCCAGACAGGGAGAGUGGAGGAAUAUCCUUGUCCGGGACUCCUGUCUACUCGGACGCGGCUGGCUUCAUUGGGGACUGGCGUGAUCGAGUGGGCAUAGGAGGGUACGUUUUAGGAAGGAGGGAUAUGAGCCCUCAGCUCUUGCCUUUCCCGGGGCAGCCGCGAGGAGCGUAUGGCGGGGUCGUGGGCUACGGGCCCAGCUGGGUUCCUGGAGUGGAAGCAGCCAGAGGACCUCCAGGCCCUGGGGCCCCCUCCCUGGCGCUGAGGGUGGGUGAAUUCCUACGGCUUCGCCUGGCCCAGGUCACCUUUGACCCUUCGCAGCCACCGUACGACUCCGUCCAGAUCUACGGCCUGGAGGGGACUGGAUCCAGGGCGGGAUCCCUCAGCUCUCUAGAAAGCGAAGGAGAGAAGGAGGAUUGGGGGGCAGGACUGGAGGAGUGGGGCCCUCAGUUCCAGAAACUAGCUCAGCUUUUUAAAGACAGAGAAAAAGAAAAGGAAGAUCAGGACAAGGGAGAAGAGGGCACCAGGCAGGAAACAGAGAGGAAGGACGACCAUGAAAAGAAGGAAAGAAAGAAGGAGGAGAGCAGGCCCGAAAUGAGGGGGAAAACAGAGGAAGGGGAAAAAUGAAACAAACAGGGGGCAAAGGAGGCAGGGCAGGAAGGGAGGGGAAAAGGAAGCUGAUGAAAAGGCAACGAGAGUUAGAAUAAUGUGAAGAGAAGUUAAAGGGGAGAAAGAUGAAGAGGAAAAGUAAUAAAAAGAGACAGAGAAAAAUGAGCCAGGGGAGGAUGGAGAAUACGAGGGCAGGAGAGGGAGUGAUUGAUGUAAUUUAAAGCAAUAAGUGUUGAAACGCUGAUAUGGUUGAGCACAGAUACUGAGACAAUGCAGAGGGCUGCUUCGGCUCGGGGGCAGCAACAAUUUGUUAAACGCAUUGGACGAAGAAAAACAAGCCAAACAUCCCAGACUCAAUUUAAUUCAGCUCUCACGUAUGGAAUGAAAAACAACAGGAAACAAGAUGCUGGUAUGCACGAUAUCCUAAAACUUUACGUCUUUGUUCAAGGAGCCGUUUGACGGAAAAAUUGCGACUAUUGAAGAUCUGUUCAAAUAUUAGCUCCACGUGGGAUCCAAGAUUAAAAAAUACGUCAAGAAUUUAGGGAAACACACAGAAGGACAGGGUUGUGUGUGGUGACACUAAUAUACAGAGGAAUAGCAAGAAUGUAUAGAGACAGAAAUAGCCUCACAAAUGAGGCGAUUGUACAGAAAACUGUUACUUUUUGCUCCAUCUAAAGUCGCAGAAAAGUGAAUUAUUCAGCUUGCUACUCCAUUCCAAAUAAAAUGAUGAAUCAUUCAAAUCCUGCAAAGGAUUCUCCCUCCUUUAAGCCCACCAGGAAAACCAACAUCGUGAAAGAUUUAGAUCGAUUUAAGCUACACACCGGGCAUGUGAUGCGCGUUCAGGAACGGGCUUUCUUGAACACGUUUUUAGCACAUGGUGUCGCCGCCCCAAACAAGUGCAUGUAUCUACAGUUGGUGCGAAAUGUCAAAGCGCGGCAAAUCUUACCCAUGUGUGUUCUCUCACAGCCCCAUUAAGAUCCAUGAAAGAAUUGAUGUUGUAAAGUUCCUGUGUGAUCAACUUUCAUAUGGUUGGUAGGUCAGUGUUUUGAAAGACUACCACAUCCCUGAUUGGUCAAACUGGUUUUACUUUCAACUUGCGACCAAUCACAAAAUUCAACUGUAAUAUCUUGUUUCAACCUGUAGGGGGCAGCACAGAGACAAUUUUAUUUUAAUGUCAAAAAUUUGGCAAUGACCAACAGACAGCCCUUUUUACCCCCAUUUAAAGAACUCAAAAGCCAAAAAUAGUUGAUUUAAGCUUUGGUUACCCUUAAGGAACUUUCAUAGCGACGUGUGAACGCUAAUAUUUCUAGCGCAGAAGCCCAUAGCUUCCAUCUGCAUAGACUUGAACGCGCAUUGCCAAACCCGGUGUGAACAUAGCUUUAGGCUCCUUCCCUUUACCCUUUAACCCCCUUCCAUUUGUUUUUUCGUAGUUGAGUGUUAAUAUGUUUACAGAAAUUCACACACGAUUGCACACACACAAAAGAACUGAUGAACACCGUAAGGCUUUGAUUGUAUCACAGCAAAUUCUUCAAGCCAAACGACCCGUGAGAAUUUCAUCUUCAGAGAAACUGUCCCUCUUUUUUUAAUAUUGUUCAAACCUUUUGAUGAAGAACCUGCUGUUUUUGUUUUUCAUUUAUUUAUUUUUUUUAAUUUCAUUCUUAUUCCCCCCACACCACCCAUUGUUGUGUCCAAUUACGCACCUUGAUGACACGUAUGCAUGAUUUUUUUGGUAAACAAGAGGAAAAAUGGCAAUCAGUUUCCACUUUGACACUUAUACUGCCCUCAUUAAGGUGUCUCUUUGGGAGAUUUUAGGGGGGGGGGACAGUUCCACACAACAACAGGCUUUGUGUCGUCUUCAGAAGCAGAUGAGCUGGAGUUUUCAGCCGGAAUGCACUUUUCUACUGUGUGUCGUUAAAUACUAGAAGAUAAUGUAAAAUGUCAGAAGUUAUUCUUGUUUUAUAACUUGUCAAUGAAAACAUGUCUGACUGUAUGUAAAAGCAUCACAAAUGUAAAUUUCAUUGAAUAUUAUUGCUAAAUAGAGUAUAAUAAAACAAACAAAAAAAAUUAGAUGUCCAAA